AGUCCCUCUGCUCAGUGCUGUUCAGAAGCGCAGUAACGGGCGUCCCGUUGUCGAGCGCACUGUGAUCUUCAUUUCUGCAUAGUUAACUCCACUUUUUGACUUCUGUGUGGAUGGAUGUGCAAUUUGAGAGACUUCACACAUCUGUGAGUGAGAAGUGUUAGCUCAUACACCUUAUGAACCUAAUCAACUGAAUUCACUUCAUCCACUCGUGAAAACGCGACGCGUAAAAUGGGUAUCGCGCGGAAUGAAUAAGAGCGUAAGAGAUGAGGACUGUGGAAAUGAUGCCCCGUGGACGUGGACGCUCAGCGAUCGGCUCGGUGUCGGUCUGAAGACAUCACAAAAGCAGAAGAGAAACACUUAGCUGAAGUCAUGGAGAUCCGACAUCUGCUGCUUCUGUUGGUCUAUCUGGACCCCUUGUGCGUCCUGAGCGCAUCCACGGCAAAGAGAAGCAAACCCGCUCCAAAGAGACCCCCGAAAGUGAAGGAGGUCAACAGCACCGCGGCACCGACGGCUCCACCGCGACGGGUCACGCAAGUCCUCGCGCCCAUAGCCGGCGAUCACGACAUGUGUCUCGGCUACUACGACGUGAGCGGUCAGUACGAUAAAGAGUUCGCCUGCAACAACACGGACCACCGGUACUGCUGCGGGAGUUGCUUUCUGCGCUUCUGUUGUCCCGUCAAAGCCAAGCGACUGGAUCAGAGAGUCUGCACCAACUACAACACGCCCGACUGGAUCAAGACGCAGCCGCCGUCGCCUGCGCCCACCGGGGACACGUACGACCCCGCGCUGGACCAGACCAACACCACCGUCUACAUCACCUGCGGGGUCAUCACUCUCAUCAUCAUACUGGGAAUUUCUGCCAAAGUGGCUUAUGAUAAAGCCAUCCGACCGCCUCAAGAGAUGAAUGUCCAUAGAGCGUUGGCAGACAUUUUGAGGCAGCAGGGGCCCAUUCCCAUAUCUCAGUACGAGCAUGAAAACAUUGCCGCCAUAGAAACCUCACCCAAAGAGGAGACACCUGUACGAACAUCCAAGAACCACUACACACCUGUUCACAACAAAAACAAUCACGAGGACUACUUGCUUCUUCACCUUCAGCAAAAUGGAUUGCCUCUGGAGGAAUAUGUAGCUGAGAUCAUGGAGUUGGCUCAUCUGGAAAGCUGGGCGCUCAUUCUCCUGGCUUCCCUGAACUCAGCCCAGCACUCACUGUCUACCCCAAACUUAGCCCAGCACCCUCAGAACUGGAUCCUGAAGUCGUUGUGGCAGCUGUGA